UUUUUCUCAUACUUUUAUUUCUAGUAAAACUAAACAACAUGUCUACUUAACUAAACAGAUUAAAAAUUAUAUUAAUAAACAGAUGAGCAUUAAAAAUUACAUUAACCAACAUAAAACAUUUCUUUUAUUACAAUAAAACGACUAAAAAUCACAAUGUCCUUGGUACAGGAACUAGUAAAAGAGAAAUACGCCACGACGAACCCUCAGAAGACAGACUCCUUUGAGAGCCUAGGUGCCAAUCAAUUCUUGUACGCGCUCGAGGUACCUUCUGAUACCUCCAUCUGCAACCUGCCUAUCGAGGAGGCCAGGCCUAGCGAGACCGAGACCAGCGAGCCUAGCUACAAGAGUCUCUGCUGGCGGUAUUCUCGAGAUUUGUUAGACGAGUUGUUCUUAGAUGAAUUGAAUUCCGUUCUCUUUUUGUCCUUGGAGGAUAUUGAUAACAUUAGAAAAAAAUGGCGGAAAAUAAAAAAUGAUCCACAAACUUUUGGUACACUUCUAAUGAUAACACUUUUAAAUGAUGCUCCGGAAACUGCAGCGAAAAUGCCAGCGAAUCCUGGGGUCCUCUACAAUGGAGUGAUGGUCUAUGAUGGCAUCACCUUACGAUCCGGUAAGGAGAAAGCGCAAUUACUCAACAAAAUCAUCAAAUACAUACAUUUACCAGAAUAUGUAACAUCCAUUACGCACAAUAGUGGCAUAUUGCUGUCAUUCAACAAAACGAAGCUAGAUAAAAAUGAUUUUGAGGCAUUGCAUUCAGCAAUUAUUAAGACAGUGACAACUUAUUACAAAAUGGACAACACACCAGAAAUAAUUGCUUCUUUGAAGAAAGCAAUGUGGAUUAUAUUAGGCCUCAUUGAGGACGCCAGUCAUUGGAACGACUUCGGUCACAGAUGAUACGCAGCUCUACAUCGACUUCAAUAAAAUCUCUUAUCGAAAUAAUUUCUAACAAAAUUGAUACAAUAAACAAAUAUAAUGAGAAAAUUGUUAAUUAUCUAGGACAGAAAUCGUUCUCAAGCGGAGAGAUGUUCGUGAAGUGAUAUUUCUCUAAUCACUUCUCAGUGUUGCUCAGAAACAGUAGCAGAUCCAGGAUUUAAUUUUGGGGGCUUCAGCUCGAAAGCUUUUUUUAAAAUAUAUAAUGAUAAUUA